AUGGCUCGAUAUCAGCCCUCUCCCGACCUCCAGGAAUUUAGGACUUCAACCACGAGGCCUAUCGAAGUAGCCGACAUUCGGCAGAAUCCCACAACGUCGCAAUCUCAGAGAAAAUGCAUUCGAACCAGCAACAUUGCCCGUGCUCGAGCUUCGUUUGCAUCACCUGAUCGCUUCAUCCCUCAGAGGCCGAUCUAUGUUGAGAAGAGGUCAUCUUAUCAGACCAGCCAUCCGCCAGUCCUCCUCCCGCACCGUGAGCAGUACCACAGACAGCGUGACACCACUCUCAGUCCAUUUCGGUCCAUCAGCGGUACAAGGUCGCGAGAUCUGGUCAGACAGAGACGCGCUCAGAAUGUAUAUGAUCUCCGGCCCCCGCGUUAUACUCCUUCAUUUAUCCAUAGAAAUGAUACUACGCCGGCCCAUGUUGAUGCAAACAAUGCUUCGCAAGACCUACGUCAACCCAGUGGUGGCUUCUGGACGGUGGGCGGAAGGCUUUCUGCACAACCUGGCCAACUCCAAGGGAUCACUUCUGCAUCGGCCGAGCUGCUUGUGAGCGGCUCAACUGCUCCACUGCACGCUGCAAACUUCUUGGACCGGCCGACACGAGAAGACAAGGUCAACGAUCACGAGCGACGCUUGGCUCUGGCUCUUAAUAUCGACCCAGCAACCCGUAUUCUGCUUCAAUUUCACGAUAAAGAUCACAAGGCCAGAGAUAUUGUCCUGUCCGCCCACAGCCCCUUUGUAUGGACAGACACUGCGUGGAAGAGGCAAUUCGAUCCACAUUCCUCGCCCAAACCUCUCGUCCCAGCUAAUCGGCGCGAGAAGGGUGUGCCAACCAUUCCUUUUCGCGUGUUGGAUGCCCCGAACCUCAAGGACGACUACUACUGCUCCAUUCUUGCGUAUAGUCGGACCUGCCAUACUCUGGCUGUCGCUUUGACCCAAAAGGUCUAUCUUUGGACAGAGAAAUAUGGCGUGCGCUAUCCUCCAAUUCCGCCUGUGAGAGCCACAAAUUUCGUAACGUCCCUUGCAUUCUCAUCCGAAGAAGGAGGCAAAGCUAUCCUUGCCGUAGCACGGAACAGCGGAACUGUUACCCUCUGGAGCCUACUAGAAUCGCGUCCUCGUUUUGAAGCUCCGCAUCUCUCGCCAGCAACUUGCGUCGCCUUCAAACCAAGUCCAACGAGGAGGCAGUCAGCCCGCUCCUCGCAUAUGGCUUUGAGCGAGGACCUCCUUGUCGGAGACGACACUGGCACAAUCCACUACUAUUCUCUCGAAUGGCCAAACUUUGCUCGUGGAUCUCUGACUUUACUCGCAAAGAUAGAUGCGCACAGCCAAAACAUCUGCGGUCUAGCCUGGUCUCCAGAUGGCCGAUAUUUCAUGUCCGGCGGCAACGAUAACCGCGCUCUUUUGUUUGAUGCUGACUUUGUCCUUGAGACCUCAAGUUCUCAAUCUGACCGCCAAGUCGCAGUAACUAGUGGACUAAAACAGGGCGAGGAUGGAAUUCAUGGGAUGGUCGGAACAGUGAUGACUCCUGAAGCGUCACCAGACCGUAGAUCUCCAAGAUCUUUACCCGACGAGUCGAAUUCCAGAGGGCGAAGUUUCGAACCCAUCCAAAUGAUUGGGCUGCCCAGCCCGCCGCCUACUCCAUUGCGAAGUCGACCGGCGCCGAUCUUCGCUGCCUCGCAAGUCAAUGUGCGAGCAGACAACUUACCUGCCACGAAUAGUUCCCCUCUGCACCAUGAUCCCAACGGCUCUGGUAUCAUAGCCAUGUCCGAUGUCCAUAUGUAUUCUUUCUACCAUGCGGCCGCGGUCAAAGCAAUUGCCUUCGCGCCCUGGCAGCCUACACUCGUGGCAACAGGGGGUGGAAGCAAUGACCGUCAAAUUCAUUUCUUUCAUGCAGAAUCCGGUGCCACCUUGGCUCUGAUCAAUGUAUUCUCUCAGGUCACAAGUCUAGUCUGGAGCACGACAAGGCGAGAAAUUGUCGCGACUUUUGGAUACUCACAACCAGAGCACGAUAUUCGGAUCGCAGUCUUCAGCUGGCCCAGUUGUGAUUGUAUUAUGAGCAUUCCUUGGGACAGAAAACAGAAUGGCGAGAUUGGGCGUGCCUUGUGGGCCAUUCCGUAUCCUGGCGGGCCCAACGAUGCGGUUCCUACGAGAAGACAAGACCCUGGGGAGGAUGGCUUUGCCGCUUAGGAGGCUGUGCGAGUACGAGAAUUGGAGCAAAGCCGAAGAUACGCACAGGCGGCUGCGAGUAUUGACACUCGAUUACGGCGAAGUUCUGCCCCUAGCCCUGAUGGGUCUGGUGACGGUUCACGGGAAUUCAGAGUUGCACGUCGAUCUACAACGUGGAAGCGGGCAGGUUCCUGGUCCCGGCCACGUGAUGCCUAUCGUAAAAAUCUCCGAGGCGAAGGUGAGACAUGGGCGAGCCGGACAGAAGAGGAAGGAAGCCUGAUUAUUGCCUGCUGUGACCAGACGGUGAAGUUCUUUGAGGUGUGGGCAGGUAAGAGCAGGGGUACCGGCCGUGGGCUGGGGAAUCGAGAGGGUGUUCUUGGUGGCAGCCGUGUCCUGGAAGGGUGGUGUGAAGCUGUUGGUGUGGAUGAGGUAGGGUUUGGAGAAGAAGUUAUUCGAUAAAGAUGGAGCCGUCUCGGUCCAUCCUGGUCAUAUUGUUAACUCGACGGAGGGACGUGACGAAUCUAUCACUACGAGAACCCACAAGAUCGUGCACGCAGGGGAGCAUUUGGCUUCUAUUCAAGGCUGGGACGCCC